AUGGAAGGUCCGACUGUGACAGCCACAAGCCUGGGCACACUGGCGAAAAAGGAUGCAUUCAGGCUUUUGCAGCCCUCUUUUUUGGCUCCUGCUUCCGUGUUGGUCCCCGCGUCUUUGCGUGUCCGCGUGCGCUUCAACUCGACUGUCGCUCCUGGCCAGCCUCAACCUCCACCACCACCAGUGAAGCCGCCGCAACCGCCGCCGCAUGCGGCCGCUCAGGCCUCUGCCGCAUCCGCCCUGCCGUCUGGACGCACCCGACCUUCAUUUGCCGUGCUGGCCCCAACCUUUCUCUUCACACACGUCACCCUCGCCUGGGCACUGGUGCCGCCUGUCUACCUCUUCCUGCGCACAACAAACCUUUCCAAUUCGCUUCUGGCGGGCCCACAAGGUGCCUGGUUCCUUUCGAGACAGGUGCCUGAUUUCAUCCCACCGCAGCUUAUCGACGCCAUCGUUGGGCCUCCUCCUCCAUCCUCCAAGGGUCGGGAGGGGCAAGGCCAGGAGCGCCGCCGAUUGACCGUCGAAGAGCUUCUCGAACGGCUUGCCAGAAGGGCCGUCGGCAUCGUUUGGAGCACGGGCAGAGGGGCAUACGGCAUCUACAAGGGUGCCCGCGGCGACGUUUCGGAGCAGGACGCCAUUGCUCGCGCUGCUGUAGGAGAGAUCCGAGGAGGCAGCAAGACGAGAGAGGAUGGCGACACGGCUGUGGACGGCAUCACCAACAAGAUCUUGGGUGCGACGAGGAAGCAGGCGCAGGGCAUCGCGGGCGAUAUCAGCUUUGGACAGAUCCGAGACGGCGUCGCAGCUUGGGUUCUCGUCAAGGUCCUCUUCCCAGUCAGGCUGCCAGUCUCGAUCCUACUCACGCCGCGGGUUGCAAGGGCUCUCACUGCCUUUUUCCGUCGAGGCUAA